GACCGAACUGAAUCCUGAAGACGUCUUUGAAGCCAAUCGACUCCAUUCCUCGACCUCACAGUCAGACUACAGACAAAGCUUCUUUCAUCAUACAGAGCCUCGUAUUAGUACAAUGCUCACAAAAAAAUUGGUAAGUAUCCCCUGAAUCUGGAGAACUCGAUAGUAUCUUCACAUUUUGUUCGAGAGUGGAGAUGUCUUGUUGGGACGAAUGGGUAGAGCAGGCGCUUUCAAGAUUGGAGUCUAUGAAAAUCUUACGGUCUCUACGACCCAUUAAUUACCCCUAUCAUCCCUUUGAAAUUGAUCCCAAACCUGACCAUGCUUUCGAGGUAUUUGAUGGUAUUCGUCAAUGGGAUAGGGCUUCUGUUGAAAUAGAGAUUGCAGAGUCUACAUUUCAGAGAUGGGUCCAAGAUGUUCCUAGUUCUGGGGACGAGCUGACGUGUGGCAUUGGAGUUAGUGAAGUGGCACCAUGCCCUAAGCCAUUCAGAAAGCUACUUCUAUUCUCUGGGAAUGAUUACUUGGGUCUAAGUUCACAUCCAACAGUUGCAAAGGCUGCCGCAAAGGCAGUUCAAGAACAUGGGAUGGGCCCAAGAGGUUCUGCUCUAAUCUGUGGUUAUACAAUUUAUCACAGACUACUGGAAUCCUGUUUGGCAGAGUCAAAAAACAAAGAGGAUUGCCUUCUAUGUCCCACAGGGUUUUCAGCCAAUAUGGCUUUUAUGACAGUAGUGGGAUAUGUUGGCUCUCUCUCAACUGUAAAUGAAACACCUUCGGAGGUUGGUGUUGCAAUAUUUUCUGAUGCUCUAAAUCAUGCAUCGAUAAUAGAUGGUAUUCGUCUUGCGGAGCGACAAGGAAGACUACAGGUUUUUAUCUAUAGGCAUUGUGACAUGACCCACCUUAAUGGAUUGCUAUCAAAUUGCACGGCUAAGAAAAAAGUAGUUGUGACAGACAGCUUGUUUAGUAUGGAUGGAGACUUUGCACCGAUGAUCCAACUUUCCAAGCUUCGCAAGAAGCAUAACUUUUUGUUGGUAGUUGAUGAUGCUCAUGGAACACUUGUUUGUGGCAAAAAUGGUGGGGGUGUACCUGAGGAGUUCAAUUGUGCAAGUGAUAUUGAUAUAUGCAUAGGCACUCUUAGCAAGGCUGUAGGUUGUCAUGGUGGUUUCAUUGCCUGCAGCAAAAGGUGGAAACAACUGAUACAAUCAAGGGGCCGUGCUUUCAUAUUUUCAACUUCUACUCCUAUACCAAUUGUUGCUGCUGCACAUGCUGCUAUGAUGGUGGGAAAGAAGGAGACAUGGCGUAGAAAGGCUAUUUGGAAGCGAGUGCAAGACUUUCGCGCUCUUACUGGAAUUCCUAUUGCAAGUCCCAUCAUUUCCCUUAUAGUAGGAUGUGAAGAGCAAGCGUUGCAAGCCAGCCGGCACAUGCUGAAAUGUGGGUUUCAUAUAACUGCAAUCAGGCCCCCAACGGUACCAGCUAACUUAUGCAGGUUGCGGAUCACUCUGAGUGCGGCACACACUAGAAAUGACAUGAGGAAACUUGCAUAUGCUUUAUCCCAAUGCAUGAGUUUAAGAGAGAGUGGAACAUCAAAACUCUGAUGGUUUUUUUACAUGAGAGUUGUUAGUCAUAGGAGUAAUUGUUGUUAUGAAGAAAAGUAGUAGCAAUUUGUGUUGAUGGAAACCCCUAGUCUUUGGAUUCAUGGUCUUUAAAACAUUUGAUAUAGAUGGCUUGAUUUGUUACCAAUGAAA